AUGGAAGGUCUCCAACUAUCACAGGUCCUAGCCGACCUUGGCAAUCUAGGCGCCGCCGAACCUGAAGCUGCCGCCGCCAUCGUCAACGCCAACACUCGCGAACCCGUCAGCGCCUCAUCGUCGGCGGCCCCUGCGGCCUCCCCGGCCCAGGCCUCCUCCCAGACUCGUGGGCAGCCGCGACAGCAGAAACACCAGCACCAGCACCAGCACCAGCACCAGCAGGAUAUGCGCCCUUCCGUACUGAAGAGUGCGUGGUCGACGGAUCCUUCCGGUCCAGUUGACAAGUUUGGUCGACGAAUCUUGAUCACCUCACCUAGUCCGCGAUCUGGGUCUUGCACGCCCGGCAGUGAGACACCCAGGCUCGACGACGACCUCGAACGAGCCUCGACGCUCAUGGCACUGUACGACAUCCGAUCGAAGCUCAAGCAGCAGGACAACAGCAGCCUGGCCAAGGCCCGGGAGAAGAUCAACGCUCUGGCUGCCAGGCAGCAGGCUCAGCAGAUGAGCGUGCAGGGUCGGAACAACCGGUACUCGUAUCCCAAACCCGGACUCUAG